AGCUCAUCAUUUACCGGAAGUUCAUUGAUUGCCUUUGAGUUUGCGUGUGUUCCUGGAGAAUGUAAACUUCCGGUGAUGAGGUUUUUCGUUUCAAAUGUGUAUUCUGUGUAGACCAACAUGUAUUCGUACGAAGAAAAUGUGGAUCCAGUAGAUAAAUAUCAACGAUCAGUGAGAGAGAGAGCAAAUGCCAGUUUACAUGAACUGGAGGAUGUUUUAUUGGGGACAUCAUCAGGCAGAGGGAGGGUGGAAACAUCAAGGACGAAAGUCCAACUUCAGGCCACAGUUAAUCCUCGUACACUGAAGUGGUAUGAGGACAAUGCUCGUCCACAGAAAUAUAAGCAUGCAGUCUCAAAGCUCAGUGCUAUGCUUGGCCAAGACUCACAUAUUCCCCAGUCCCUGAGGCAGGCAGAUAGCAGUGUUCCCUCCCUGGAGGAGGCGGCAGCAGUAGUGCAGGCCCAGACAGGUUAUUGCCAGCAGCUGGAGGCAGAGAACCGCUACAUUAAGGAUGAGCUUGCAAAUUUAAGAGCAAAACUUUCUGAAAUUAUAGAGGAAAACAAAAGACUACAUGAGGAGUUAAAAACCAGUAUACUUCAAGAAAUAGUUGGAGAGAACAUUGAUCUAGAAAAAUCUGAGGUUGAAAACUUCUUCCUAGCAGAUAAGUCUGAUCACAUUUUUCACACAAGAGAACUUAAACAUCUCCAAGUGGAACUGGAAAGACUGAGUUCCCUUCAUUCUGCCAGAGUCAGUAGACUAGAGACUCAACUGGAGCAUUCCAGGUCAGAGAUUCAGAAAUAUGAGCAAAUGGUGGAGGAUCUAAGAUCUCAACUGCGAAUGCACGACAGCAUACCAACCAGAGAAAAUGGAGAGUUUGUCUCUGAAAAACAACGAAACUACCUCCAAAUCACAAUCGAUAAAUUAACAAGAGAAAGAGAUGAACUGAUGGAACAUGUGACAAGCUUAAAAUCAAAUGUCCAGAAACUAGCACAAAGAGAAGAGGAAGCAUACCAGCAAACCAAGAUGGGCAUUGAGAUGGUGGAACAAGCUCAGCUCGAACAAACUCAGGCAAUGGUGCAAAAAGAGCAGCUUGCAGAGGAGCUCAGCAACAUGAAGAAGAGGUUUGACACGUACAUCCUGGACACUCAGGCCCGCCUCCUAGAGGAGAGAGAGAGUGUACGCAGGGAGAGUCAGAUGAUGAUUGACACCAUCAAUCAAAAGUUGAAGGAAAUGACAGACCAGUAUGCUGCAGCUUCUGCUCAAGUGGACAAACUAUCUCGGGAAAAGGUGGCCUACAUCAACGAAAUUGAUGAAAUGAAGAUCCAGCUUCGCAGAUUCGAUAAAGAGGCUUCCAUGGCUGCAGAAACAUACAGAACAGAGUCUACUCAUGCUUCCAUUCAGAAAAGCCAUGCUUCCCAAGAGGUGAACAGAUUGAGGAAAGAUUUGGAAAUCACAAAAAGAGAAAGGGACCAGGAAAAAAGUAAAAUGGAGAUAGAGCUUGAAGGUCUGAAGCGUCGAUUAAACAAGGCAGAGAGAGAACUUGUCAACAGUAAAGAAGAAUGUAUCCAUUUAACAACGAAUGCCCAAGCAUUAGAGAGAGAGCUUCAUCUAGCAAAAUUAGCCAAAGAGAGCAUAGAGAGGAGCAGAAAUGAGGAUUUGAAAGCUAUGACCAAACGAGCGCAGAUGAGAGAGGAAGAACUCAACAGCUACAUAGAGGACAUAGGAGACAAGCAUGAAAGAUCAACUCAGGAAAUGGAUGUGAUGCUAAAGAAGCAAAAUCGUCUGAUGAUAAAACUUCGUGAUGAAUGCAAGAGACAGGCAGGCCAAAUAGAAAAAGUCACAAAGAAAAAUAGAAAUGAAAGUGGUCAACUACGCAAAGAAAAUGAGGAGCUGAGACUUCGACUGCAGCGAGCUUUGAUUCGACUUGAGGACUUAGACAACCAGUCAGAUCAACAUGGCAGGGUCCACGAAAAAAUGAAAGAGAGGCUAAAAAAGAUGGACGACUAUGCUCAGGAGCAGGGACAACAGAUCUUGGAUUUGCUGUCCCAGCAGAGUGCAUUGCUAAGGGACAGACUACUCCUGUCUCGAGAGGUAGAAUUCCUCAGGAAGGAAAUCACAAAGUUCACGGAGGCAGACUUGGAGAAAUUCUUUUCUUCCAAUAAAACUCUUGUAGAUGAUAUUAUUAAGAGUGUGAAUACUGAGGAAAUGGAAAAUAAGUACAAACAGAAGUCAGUGAUAUUUUCAGACAACAAGACAGAUGAGGACAGAGAGGAUUUGGUAGACACAUAGUGCUUGUUGUUAAUGUUGUUUAUACAUCUAUAAACUGUGAUAUUUUUGUACAUUUUAUAUUUAUUAAAAAUAUUUAUCAUA